AUUCCAUUUUACUUUUAAAUAGUUUUUCAUAUUUCCCAUUCUUGACCUGGAGGUGGUGUUCAUCAAAAUAUUCAUUCCUUUUAUUACUCACCAGAGGGCCUUUUAGUUGACCUUAUAUUAUCUUUAGUAACCAUGGUUACCUAGUUACCUGGUUACCUGGUUACCUUAUAUUAUCUUUAGUAAUUGCAUAUUGACCUAUUUCGGUUCUCCACGAUCGACAUUGAUUACUUUAACCGGUUGUUUCAUUUGUAUCCACCUGGUUACCUGGUUACCUGGUACCCACCUACCACUUCUGCAUGAUCUGGUUGUUUCACUUGUAUAAACCUACCAAUUACUUUCUUACUUCUACAUAAUCUGGUGGAUUCGUGUAGUAUUAUUGAGUUUCACGAUUUGAUGUUUCUUUCAUUCAAAUUUCUGAUUGUUUCUGAAUAGACUCAGUAGAAAUUUCGAUAAGUUAUUCAGCUAUCUAUUUCCAUUAGAAUCUUUCCUCACUGAGUCUGAAAGAAUUACUUUUACAUAGUUACACAGUACUUCUACCUUUCUACAUAGUUUUUCCUAUUCUUGACCAGAAGAUGGCGUUUAUCUCUGGAGUUUUUAGUGCUUACCCACAAAACUUCAUCAACAAAGAGGACCUCUUGAGACUUUUCGAGCAUGAAUCCUUUAAUUACAACCAAGAGAAACUGCAGAAAAUUAAGAAGAUUAUAUUCUCAAUGAAUAUGGAGGGGAGACCUACAUGUGUUAACUUUAAGCAGUUUUGGGAGGAUCUGGACGAAGAUAAAUGUCCGUGUACGAUAGAAAGACCCAGUCCCGAGAAUCUCUUCAGAGGAGCUUCCUUUAAUCCCAGUAUGGGGGACAGGGCUAUUAUUUGGGAGUCAGCAGUGAAGGAGCUAGCACUGAGAGCCGCAAAAGGACUGAUAGCCAAAACUAAAACCAGUCUGAGUGAUAUUGACUGCGUUAUCACAAACACAUCCAGCGGAGUGAUGCUGCCUAAUUUGAGCACUUGGUUACCUCAACAAUUAGGACUCACCAACACCAAGUGUAACUACUCGCUAGAUAACACGGGUUGCGGAGGUGCUAUCACGUGUCUAGAUGUUGCUAGAUCUACUGUCCUCUCCAACAGAGCUGACUGCGUCCUGAUCCUCACGGUGGACUGUGCCAGCACUCACAUGAACACUGACCAGGACCUGGACAUUGAGGGGAUUCUACCUAACCUGCUGUUCGGGGACGGAGCUGCAGCCGUGCUGGUCACUAACCAGGAAGAACGUGGUGCCUGGAAGAUAAACGAACCUAACUGUAUUCUGAUGGAGAAGGAAACCUGCAACUUGAUCAAUAUGCGAGUAAAAGAGACUGGUUACUAUCUUAACCUCUCUAAAGAUCUAGUACCCAGUCUCCACAAGGGGAUAUCUGAACAGUGGGGAGGUGUUUUGAAGAGCCUGACAAACACAUCAGAUCCAGCUGAGUUGGAGUGGCUGAUACAUCCUGGAGGGAAAGCUAUCCUGGAUACGUUUACAAGACUAAGUCCGCCUCUUACAGAACACUCUAUACGUCACUCUCUGCAAGUUAUGAGAGAGAAGGGUAACCUGGUAUCCGCUACUCUUAUAUUUGUACUGGAGCUCAUGCUCAAUCAGCCAGAGAAGGACUCAGCUUGUCUUGUAGGACCUGGUCCAGGUCUGGAGAUCAAGUUCCUGUCUAUAGAGCGGGUAUCCUAGUUACCUGGUUACCUGGUUACCUGGUUACCUGGUUACAUGGUUACCUGGUUACCUGGUUACCUGGUUACCUGGUUACCUGGUUACCUGGUUACCUGGUUACCUGGUUACCUGGUUACCUGGUUACCUGGUUACCUGGUUACCUGGUUACCCGGUUACCCGGUUACCUGGUUACUUGGUUACUUGGUUACUUGGUUACCUGGUUACCUGGUUACCUGGCUACCUGAUUAACUGGUUACCUGGUGACCUGGUUACCUGGUAACCUGGUUACCUGGUUUCCUUGUUACCUGGUUACCUGGUUUCCUGGUUAUCUGGUUACCUGGUUUCCUGGUUACCUGGUUACUUGGUUACUUGGUUACCUGGUUACCUGGUUAAUUGGUGACCUGGUUACCUGGUUUCCUGGUUACCUGGUUACCUGAUUACCUGGUUACCUGGUUACCCUGUUACUUGGUUACUUGGUUACUUGGUUACCUGGUUUCAUGGUUACCUGGUUACUUGGUUACCUGGUUACCUGGUUACCUGGUUACCUUGUUACCUGGUUACCUGGUUUCCUGGUUACCUGGUUUCAUGGUUACCUGGUUACCUGGUUACCUGGUUAACUGGUUUCCUGGUUAUCUGGUUACCUGGUUACCUGGUUACCUGGUUACUUGGUUACUUGGUUACCUGGUUACCUGGUUACUUGGUUACCUGGUUACCUGGUUACCUGGCUACCUAGUUAACUGGUUUCCUGGUUAUCUGGUUACCUGGUUACCUGGUUACCUUGUUACAUGGUUACGUUGUUGCCUGGUUACCUUGUUGCCUGGUUACCUUGUUGCCUGGUUACCUUGUUACCUGGUUACCUGGUUACCUGGUUACCUGGUUACCUGGUUACUCAGAAGUAGAGAAUAUUAGUUUAUUAGCUCACGUUAAAACAAUAGGAGUCUUUAGUAGAUAGUUGUAAUACCUUAUCGGUCAUAAUUAAUAUCACGGACAAGUUUUUCACGGAUUAAAUUUUUCACGGACAUAAUUAUUCACGCUCAUGACCGCCCAAAAGUGCCCAAAACAUUGUGAACAUUUUUGGUGAUUUUUAUUAAGUGUUUUACUCUUUUUCUGAACUCUGGAAUGUGACUGAGGACUGAGGAUUGAAUAUAUUUUUCCUAGUAUACUAAUAAGCUAAUAUAGUAAUCGGCUACACACAUAAAUCUACAUUUUACUCACACUAAAAUUAAUGGAAAUAAUUACCGGACUUUAUUAUUCACGGACCUAUACCACAGACAUUCACGCUAAGGUAUUCGGCGUGAAAGUAAUGUCCGUGAUAAUUAUGACUGAUAAGGUAUUAGCUGCAUUUAGUAGAUAGUUGUGUUGGGAAUAUUAGUUUAGUAAGAAUAGUAGAAAUCCCAAUCUUUAAUUGAUAUUUUUAGACUUUUGGGUUCAGAUCACAAUUAUGCUUCCAUGAUUUUCUGUGUUUUAAAUGGUAUACUUUUAAUUAACCAAAGAAAUUUUAGUCUUUGUUUUAGCGUCCUUCGAUACUUAAUCUUGCAACUUAUAUCGAAUAUUUUAAAGUUUUAACUUCCUUAUCAAAUUUACAACUGAAUAAAACAAAUUGAGUUGUAAAAACAGUCCAGAGACUACAAAUGUACUGAUUUUGAAUAAGAAUCAUAUUCGCACAUUUAGAAUUUAUACCCUACAAGUAUCGGGGUGGGUAAUGGGUAUGUACAUUAAUCAGUUUUUUACCGCAAACGU